UUGACUUUCAGAUUUCGACGUUGUUUUCGCAGUCAAACAUUAAAAUAAAUUACACAAAGGGUUCAUCGACGAUGUCAGACAUAUUUCGAAAUAUAUCAGCUAUGACAGUUAAUGUUACUAAUAGUUCAAACGGUGAUACCUCAGUGUGGAUUUCGUAUGUCAUUCAGAUUGGCGAACAAUCAACUACAGAUUCAGUGAAGAAUUUCCAAAAACAAUUGUUUGAUCUGAAUAAACAUAUAGACCUUACAAUAGGUUUAGAAACUGCUUAUCUUAAGACUUCAGAAAUAAUUACUGAAUCAACAUACAAUGUAUGUAAUAUAAGCGGGAAAACACAUUGCGACUCGGAAACAACCAACUGUGUUGGUCAUAAUGGUAGUUACAGUUGCGAAUGCAAGGAGGGUUUCAACAGGACAGAUGAUCCGUUUAUAUGCUCAGAUAUUGAUGAGUGUUUGGAUGCUCGGUAUAAAUGUGAUAACAGGGGUAAAUGCAAUAACACUGACGGAAACUGGACAUGUACUUGUGAGUCAGGUUUUGAACCGAAUUUCCUGGAUAAAUACAACAUCUCAUGCAUUGAUAUAAACGAAUGCCAGUACAAAGAGAAAUACGUUUGCAAUGAUGGGACAUGUAACAAUACAAUAGGCGAUUGGGUUUGUGAAUGCCCGUCUGGAUAUUACCGUAUCGAAAAUACAACGGACUCAUUCACUUGCUUAGAUAUUGACGAGUGCAAUAAUUCGUCUUAUAGUUGCAGUAACGACGGUAAUUGCAGUAAUUCAGUUGGUAAUUGGACUUGCACAUGCCCAUCUGGAUAUGAGCCGAAAGUUUUGAACACGUAUGCUAAAACAUGUCAUGAUAUAAAUGAGUGUAUACAAAAUGACACAUAUCACUGCAAAGGGCCUGUUGAUUCAGCUACUUGUAACAAUACCGUUGGUGGGUGGCGAUGUGAGUGCAAAGUCGGGUACACCGCAAAAAACAAAACAGAACAUUAUAGAGUAUGCGAAGAUGUAAACGAAUGCUACGAUCCGUUGGCAUGCUCAGGUGGAAAGUGCAAAAAUGAAAACGGGACGUUUGAUUGUGUCUGCCCAUCCGGUUUUACAAAAAUAUCUGAUAAGAUAGUAAAAGAUCAUUUCACAUGUACAGAUGUAAAUGAGUGUGAUGCAAACAAAAUCAAAACCAACAACUCUUGUAUAAGGGGUUCAUGUCAUAAUAUACCCGGAGAUUGGGAAUGUAACUGCAAUGACAUUAUAUAUAACAAAAAAAGAUAUCUGGGAAAUCACACUAACCGGUGCCUUGGUGAUUUCCAGUACAUUGGAAGUAUCACUCUCUAUUGGUCGCAGUACAAAAAGGAAAAAUUCCAGCUAGUGAAUAUGUACUUCAAGGAAAUGAUUUCACAGGCUUAUAACCAUUCUAAUGCUACAGUCAGUCCAAGUGAUAGUUAUGCUGUGUCAGAUAUAUUCAGGUCUUCAGAAGUAUUGAAAAUCGAAGUCACGUCAAUACCAAAUGUGUUAAAUGUGUCAUACAUCCUACAUUUUGGGGAACCUUUAUCACCGGUGGAUAUCGCAAAAUGCCAACAGAAAGUUUUCAAUACCUCAAAACGGUAUCAGUUUGGUACAGAUUAUGUAUAUCUGCAGUCUGAACGAAUAAAUAAUGAUAAUGAAUUCAAUUUAUGUGAUAUCGAUGGAAAAACAAGAUGCGACUUACAAUCAACAAAUUGUACCGUUAGUAAUGGGAGCUACAGUUGUCCCUGUAAAGAAGGAUACAAUAAAACAGAGGAUCCGUUUAAAUGUAAAGAUAUAAAUGAAUGUGAUGGAAAUGUAGUACAUUGUGAAUGGAAUGACUGCAGAAACACUGCUGGGAGUUGGGAAUGUGAAUGCAAUGAAACUUCGCUGUUCGAGAAACACAAUGAAACGUAUGGCCUUUGUCAAGAUAUAGAUGAAUGCGAACGUAACGAGACUUAUAUAUGCAAUGAUGGAAAUUGCACUGACAAAGUCGGAGGAUGGGAAUGUGGUUGUUCGGCUGGUUUUUAUGCUGAACCAAUUAAAAAGGGAUUUAUAUACAGCUGCAAGGAUUUCAAUGAAUGUUUGAGGCCUAAUUUACAUAUAUGUUCAAAUGGCGGGACCUGUCAAAAUACCAAUGGGAACUGGACAUGCGAAUGCCGAACUGGAUACGAAGCAGUCUACAUAAACCAAACUCAGAUAGAGUGCCGAGACAUAAAUGAGUGUGAGAAACCAGAUCAGUUUACCUGUACUGGACCAAAAAAUUCUUCUACUUGUUACGACAUACUUGGUUCAUGGCAAUGUAACUGCAGCGAAGGAUUCAAACCUAAAAAUAUUUCAUCAAAUAUAAGAACAUGUGAAGACAUAAAUGAAUGUCAUGACGAAAGCUCUUGUGUGAAAGGAGAAUGUAUCAAUACUGAAGGAAGCUUUUUAUGUCAGUGUGAACCAGGCUACAAGAUUGUUUCUAAAGCCGGACAUUCAGCUUGCAUAGAUAUUGAUGAGUGUGCUGUUAAUAAAAAUCCCUGUCUUGAGGCGCUUGGCUGUGAAAACACUGAAGGCGAUUGGACAUGUUUAUGCUCAAAGGGACUUGAUGUCCGAAUUGUCAAUGAAAGCAGCAAAAUAUGUGGAGGUCAGUAUCAGUAUGUGUCAUCAAUGAGUUUUACAGUUGUUGGAACUGUAGUUGAUGUUGCUAAAGUUCAAGCUGCCCUACAGAAACAGAUACAAGAAAUGUAUAUGCAGACAUUGAAUGACGAUUCCGUUUGGAUAGAAAUAAUAAAGAUACAUGGUCUUCAAGGUGCAGAAAGACGAAAACGCGCACCUACUCGUGACAUUUCUGCAGAAUACAUAAUACAUACUUCAGAAAAAAAGAAUGAAACUGAACUGCAAGAAGUUGAGGAAGUAUACAAAGAACAAAAAUGUGGCAACGGAACAAAUAACUGCCAGGCUGAAGACAUAGGUGGAGUUAGCAUGGUAUUUAAUUCGGUGCUUGUAUUAAAUGCCUCUGCAAUAUGCAAUACAUCAAGGAACCAUUGCGAUGAGAAAAUAUCUACGUGCUCCAGUGACGAAGGAAAGCUAAAAUGUUUAUGUAAUAAAGGCUACGAGAAGAAGAACACAAACUCUUUACAAUGUUUUGAUACGGAUGAAUGUCAAAGCACAGACGCAUGUCCAAAAGGAGAGACUUGUAAGAAUACUGUAGGUUCAUGGGAUUGCUCGUGUCAAAAUGGACUGAAGGCAAUCGAAACUGAGCCUGGCAAAAGAGUAUGCAUAGACCCGUGUACAAAACCGCAUAUGGAGUGCUUUAUUUCAUCAACAUGUAAGCCUUUUGACAACGAAGAUGGAUAUAUCUGCGGUUGCGAAAAGGGCCGCAAGGGAAAGUACUGUAAGGAAAUUGACCACAACUUCAAAGAAUCAAAGCAGCAGACAACUUUAAUUGCUGUAGGAAGCAGUCUGGGUGGAUUGGUAUUAAUACUUACUGCUGUUAUCCUUGCCGUCUGUCGAUCGCGAGCAGGGAAGAUAAAAGAAGCAGAAAGGAUCUCCAUGAGGCAUAUGGACACAAAUGGUUUUAAAAGUUUUGACGAUUCGUAUCUUACUAACCAGUACAUGAGAGAUAGGGAUGACGGAGGUGGAUCUUUCUAUAGUCAUAGGCUAUCAAACUUAUCUUUGCCAUAUGAACAACAAAAUUAUGAAAACCGCAACGGUCACCUUCCUAAACCUCAUAGACUACCGAGGCCUAGCUUUCACGGCUCUAUGCCAAACCUGGCGAAUGGUGAUGCACAUGUUAAUCGCUUUGACAACCGACGAUAUUCGGUUGAAGAGCCAAGAAGGGUUUCAAGUUACAACCGAGAUUUGGACUCAAAUUACGAUAUGGACUGGAGAGCUCCGAGGAACAAUAUGAAUGGUCGAAGAUCUCCGUCCCCCGAUUACAGAAGGUCAAUGUCACCGAGGCCGGAUUAUCAUCGAAGAGAAAAACUGAAUAGAUCUAAGGACAGCGGAGUGGGUAAUGGUUAUAGUAGUGGUAGUAACGAAUACCGACGCCCGGAGAAGAGGAGAGAAUACUACUAUGCUAACAGACGGAGUACAAAUUUCUAGAGACAAACAUUUAGAUAUUGUGCUUUCAAAUGACAGUAGAUGACAAUUGAUGUAUUUCAUAACAUGCGCAAGGAAACAGUUUUGUACGAUAAAAACGAAAAACUAAAUACAUGAUGAUGCUGCAUUAGAGAUUUAUGCAGGAUGUAGAAGUGACAAAUGCAAUGCAUCUACAGAAAAUUUCCUGAAAUUAAAAACUUUAAAAUGUCUUGCAAGUGACAAAUAAACUUCUUUUAGUCUAAUAGUGUAAAGACAUCAUUUUUGCAAUGGAUCAGUAUAAACAUUGUGCAAAAUAUUUUGUAAUUAAUGUUUCUAUGAGCUAUUGGUUUAUAAAACGUAGCAAUAUAAAUUGUUUAUAAACCAAUGUAUGGUGUUGCAACAAAAACACGUUGUAUGAGUUUUAAUUUUAGCUUGGUAUGUUCUGAUAUGAUUAGUAUGUAAUGUCAUAAUUCUUCAGACCAUUUUACAUUCAAAAUUAGCCGUGGUAUGGCACACAUUAGAUAGUAUUUAAUAUUUGCAUAUCUCACAAUGUACUUUGCAAGCUACAUUUUUGUAGAUAUAACGUUUUCUAUAUGAACACGUGUUGCAAAAUAAAAUGGUUUCAGAACAAUUAAUUUAUCAUGAUGUACUGCAUUUAAUGCAAUCAAUACACUGUGUUUGAAUGUAGAUAGUUUUUAGAUGUUAAUUGCUUGUAUUUGUGGACAUUUUAUCAGGUUACAUGGUAAAACAUAAAAAAGUUUAAAUGUCUGCCUAUAAAAGCACCUUUUCUUAUUUGAACAAUUUCUUUGAAAUUCUUCUUUCAGUAGCAAAAGUAGUUAUUUUUUGUGUUAUUUUAUUUUAUAGAAUUAUAUGUUUAAUAUCCAUUUUGUUGAUGCAUUUGCGUCUUUUUAUAGAAAUAUAUUAUGGGCAUUUGUGCUUAAAAAUAUAUCCCCUCUACACACACACACACACACACACACACAUUAAUAUAAAUAUUUUUGUCAUGUUCAUUAAAAAGUGUUUCAUUAAGUUAAUUGUGAAUGUUUGUGUUAUCUUAGUAUCGUGUGUUUCUACGUAUAAGCCUAAGAUAAUUAUAGUAGCAUGGUCUUAUCAAGGUACGGUUCCGUCUGCAAACACAAAACCAAAGAGAUAUGUCAGUCACAAGUUGUGUACAUAGAGAGAGUUACAGUAAUAAAUACGGCACAAACACACAA